AUGAUAACAGACGCUCAACUGUACAGCCUCGCCAUUUUCCUCGGCAGCGCGGCGAUGUUGCUGAUUGUGCUCUACCAUUUCCUCGAGGUCAAUGCGCAGGAUGACUCGAAGUUGAAUGGAGAACUGAGAGAUGAGAAGGCCGGCGUCGGUGCCGUCAAACCCCCGACUGUUGGCGAGGAGACUCGAUGA